AUGUCUUGGCUCGGAGUUGCCCCCUUCAAGAAGUUCCCGACGCCCGUGUUGCGUCCCAUGGCUCCCUUCUUCGCUGCCGCCGUGGUCAUUGCCUAUGGCGUCAACUCGGCCCAGACUGCCAUGAUGAACAGCGACGAGUUCAAGAACGACCCCCGCAACCCCAACGCCAAGGCUUCCCAUUAA